AUGGUGGCGAGAAAGAGAGUCAACUACUCUGUGGUUGAUGCUUUCGCUGAUUCCGCCUUCAAGGGGAAUCCAGCUGCUGUUUGCUUCCUAGACGAUGAUGAUCAGAGAGACGACGCUUGGCUUCAGUCUCUAGCCGCUGAGUUCAACUUAUCAGAGACUUGUUUCCUUACUCCGAUCACCGUCUCUCGCUUUAGUCUCCGGUGGUUCACUCCCGUCGCUGAGGUGGAUCUGUGUGGUCAUGCAACGUUAGCAUCUGCUCACGUUAUCUUCUCAAACGGUUUGGUUGAUUCUGAAGUGGUUGAGUUCGCUACAAGAUCAGGGAUUCUAACAGCUAAGCGUGUUCCACUUACUUCAGAGCUCAAAGAUGUUGAAGAAGAAGAAAAAGAAUCAACGUUUUUGAUUGAGUUGGAUUUCCCCGUUGUUCCAACUUGUGAAGUCAACUCAGUUACUGAUCUCUCUGUGUUCUCUAAUGCUGUGAAUGGAGCUUCCAUUGUUGAUAUUAAAGCCACAGAGAAAGACAUCCUCGUUGUGCUUUCUUCGUGGGAGUCUGUUACUGAGUUGCAGCCAAGAAUAGAUGAGAUCUCGAAGUGCCCUUGCCAAGGAUUGAUGGUUACUGCUGCUGCUUCUGCAGGAUCUCAAUAUGAUUUCUGUAGUCGCUACUUUGCUCCUAACUUUGGAAUUAAUGAGGACCCUGUAACUGGAAGUGCACAUUGUGCCUUAGUACAUUACUGGAACACUAAGAUGAACAAGUGUGACUUCGUAGCUUACCAGGCUUCAAGCAGAGGAGGAACGCUCAAUGUUCACCUGGACAAAGAGAAGCAGAGGGUUCUGCUGAGAGGGAAAGCAAUCACUGUUAUGGAAGGAUGUGUCUUAGUUUGA